AUGGUCUCAGACGACGGCUUCAAGAGACAGCUCUCUCCUCUCGAGGUGCCCUGGAAGUGGCACCAAGCCAUCACCGCUCUAACGCCUGCGCCCGGCGUUAAACCUCCGAGAGUCAUGGUGUGCGGUCCGAAAGGUACAGGAAAGUCCACUUUAGCAAGGUUGAUGGUCAAUCGCCUUUUGACUGCCAAUGCCUCACCCAAUGGACUCAUUGACAGGGUUUUCCUACUCGAUCUCGACCCAGGUCAGCCCGAGUACUCGCCGCCAGGCCAGUUGUCUCUUGUGGUCCUGCAGCAGCCCAACUUCGGGCCGCCAUUCAGCCAUCCCAUCACAGAUAUCACAAGUUCGGUUCGCACGGCGCGAGCGCAUGCUUUAGGAUCCACGAGCCCGAAGGAGGAUCCAGAUCACUUCCUUCGCUGCGCCAUUGAUCUGAUGACCGAGUUCGACCAUUCACUUCCCUGGAGUCCGCUGGUCAUCAAUACGCCCGGCUGGGUCGUUGGAACAGGCGGCGACAUUCUCGUCCAGCUGAUUAAAAAACUCGACGUUACUGAAAUAUGCUACACAAAAGAUGACGAGAAGCCUCAGAUCAUACAGGCGCUCACGCAAGCUGCUGGCACCAAACCGAUCCGGCUUCUCCCCUCCCAGCAAUCAUGUGCUGUGGCCCCUCGCUCAGCCGCUGAGCUCCGCGACAUGCAAACACUAUCCUACUUCCACCAGGGCUCCAUCCGCGCCGGCCACCUCCAUUGGGACAGCUCUCCCCUAACCCAUAAGAAACCCUACGUCGUCGGCUACGGCGAACGCAACUCCGCCAUCCUAGGCGUCGCGUGCUACGGCGACUGGCCCGGCGCCGACUACCUCUCCACCCUCCUCGACGGCUCUCUAGUCUCCAUCGUCAAGACCUACGACGGUGAAGUCGCCACCAACUGGCCCGAUGACGCAUCCCCACCCCCGCCGCUACAGCUUACGAUUGCUCGUGCGCAGAACAGCGACAUUCCAUACGUCUGCCCCAGCGCGGCCGGCUUCGUCCCGUCCCUGGACCCGAUGAUCUCCCACACCAUCGGGCAAGCCCUGAUCCGUGGCAUUGAUACCGUAAAUAAGACGUUUCAUGUCCUGACGCCUGUUCCAGCAGCUACGCUCGCGAGCUUAGAUCCGGCGAAGACGGUGCUCGUUAAAGGAACAGACACCGCGCCUGGUUGGGCGUACAUGGAGGAAGUGGCGUGGCGGAAUUCUAGGGAGGGGGACCUGGACGCUGGCGGCGAGGUUGAGGGAAGUACCGGGAAGCAGCCGUGGCUGCAGGAGAUUGGACCCGGCGGCCGAGGUGCAGGAGCGGCACCGCUGCGGACGAGGAGAUUCAGGGGGGUGGAGAGGGGGUAG